AUGAAUCGAUUUCGGACCAAGAAGCGAACGAAGGACGAAGUGUCCGCCCCUCGUCCUUCUAUGGACAGCGACACUGCCGGCCCGUUCAAACUCUUUGGCAAAAAGAAACUACCCGAUACCGACUCCAAACAGGACCUCAACAUUGAUAGCGCCCUUCCUUCCAGCGACGAUUUCAGAACCAGUCUUCUCAUGACUGGUCUCUCAGCCCGAUUCUCUAUGCUACGAGAGCAAGAUGACCCCCAUUCAAAGCUUGGUAAAGCCAGCGAUGAUAGCGUACUCUUUCCCAAGCGCCAGUCGAGGCUGAUGGACUUUGGUUAUGUUUCGGGUUUACAUGACAUCUCUGAGAUUGAGUCUCUCCAAGCCGCGUCACUCACUCGUGUCGAUUCAUCACAUGGAUCGGAGGACAAUGACGCGGGCAACAUCAUGGACAGAGCUCGUCCCAAUGAUGGAAAUAACCUAUUUGGCGGCCGUCAGAAGAUCUACCGUAUUGGUGCUGGCGCCAAGACAGGGAACAACGGCAUGGGUGGCCGUAUUUUGUAUGACGAGGAUGUUGCCAAGUCAGCCUUCCAGAAAUGGAAACAGUCGGAGAGAGAAAGAACCUCUUUUGAAGAUAAGGUUGAUGACACACUGGAGUUCGACUCAGCCUUCGACUACAACAAGAAACGCGCCACAAACUCGACAACAUCAUCUGCUGCGUCUGUCGGGCGCUACUCUACAGCCGCCACCUCGAUUGCAUCCCAGGUACCCUCGACCAAGGAUGGCCAGUACUCAAUGCCCUCAUCGGCCAACAGUGUGGAGAGAAGCUUCACACGCACCAGACGGUUAUAUGAGCAAGGCUUGACGCAGGACCUGCAGAACCAACAGUCCUCUGCACUAUCCCGGAUAGACACACUGUCCAAGUCACACCGCAACAAGCCCUCGCCAGACAGCACGUCUGUUACCUCUCCAACUCCCACGACUUUUGGUGAUCGCAUCUUGGAGAGACGCACUCUUCUCACCAAGCAGAGCGCCCCCAACUUGCGGUCUUUUACGCCGCCAAUCUCUGGUGCUUCCCCCAAGGCUCCAGCCGAGCCCGUUCCCAAGUUUACAACUGAGCAGAAGCCCAGUUUUGGUGCCAAUCCGCCCUUGAGUCCCCCAAUCAGUGAGGCAGAUGAUUAUCCUCCCAUGUUACCCAUCCAACCCAACGAUAAGGGCAAGGCAACGGCCAUGGGUGUCUUCAACAGACCGGUCCAACAAUACGACGACUCGAAAUUUGCGCAGCGCCAGCAACAGAUGCGCAAAGGACGUGAUGCGUCUGAAACCCGCAGCCAGACUGGUGGGCGAUCAUCUCAUGAUGCUAGUCGAUCUAGAUCAUCUUCGAUGCAUCGCAGCCUCCGCGACCGUAUAGAAGCUACUCCGAGCAAGGCUGAUCGUUUCGGCAAGAAGGAUUACUCGUCGGCCUCUUUCUUUGACGAGAGUGACGAUGUCCCUGGAUCCAACAGCUACUCAAACUUCGCCACUUCCUUGGGUGCCCAGUUGAGCAUUGAGCGUCCGAACGAUGAAGAUCACCCUGCAUUUCGCAAGUCAGCUCUACCAACCCCGCUUUCGCUGUCAUCCAGAGCAUCCGACGAUAAUUCUUCGGUGGAAGACAAGGCGGACCGAAAUUCGCGUUUCCGAGAUGAGCCCCCAGAAGACUCUCCUACUCUGGGACCUGGGGUAAACACUGGACUGAGCGGAAUGGUACGCCACCAUCUCCGAAGCGACAGCAAUGCUUCCUCUAUAUAUGAUGCAGCUGCCCAUACGCCCGAUGUGGACUCCCGUCAACAGUCGGGAUCGCCAGACUCCAGGCAACGAGGCCAUUUUGGGUAUAAUCCGGGCUGGGGAUUUGACGAUAACGAGUCUGCGAUGGAGCGUGGCACGUGGACCCCGACGGCUAACCAGCCCAAGCCUGUGGCCCGCGGGGAACAAGAUGAGUUUGCUAGACACUUGGCGGAUGGAGCUCGACGGGUUCGCGAGAAGCUCACAUCGUAUGCAGAGCCUGAUAUGGAACAGUCGUCGCCAGCCUUACCGCCGACCGAGUCGGCCAAGGACUUGGCCGGCGCUAGAAGUAAUGCACUUGGACUCCGCGCCAUGUCAAGUCGUACGUCCCUGUUUGACAGGGGCCGGGAUCGAGACAGUGAUACAAAAUCGAAGAGUGGGAAGUCUCCUGCACCUUCAACGCGGAAGACGUCGGCGGAAACCGCGCCGGAACCACCGGUGCCGGUAGCCAAGGAGGAGACUGUACAUGCUGGCUUGAAGGCCUUCCGCCAGGCUAGAAGAGAGCUCCAGAAAAUGAAGGAACUCGAGGUUCAGCAGCGACACGCUGGUUCGCCGCAAAAGCCAAGCCCCCGACUUGACCGGCCGGCCGUCCAGCGAACAUUUUCUAACGACCCGGCAGCAUCUCCUUCCCAGUACCAGCAAGCUGGCCAGCUGGCGAAAGCCCCGAUGGUCUCGGACAGAGAUCGCAGUGGGUCGGAAAGCAGCCGUGAUGGCCGUGAAGCUCAAAGGCAAACGACCUCUCGCGGUGCAUCUUCUUCCAGCGACACCCGGACCAUGAUGUCGACGUACCCGAACAAUCAGUUACCAAUGAUGAACAGGAAGCGAGAUAUUUCGGAACCGACGUACCUGCCUGAUAGCCGGUUUCAUUCCUCGAGCCUCCCUGGGGCCACCGUGCCUCCUCCUAACCUUCACGCCCCCCUUGGAGUCCCUCCGUUGCCACCUAUCAACCCUCGGCGGAAGAACGGGCCGGGGAGCCAGUUUCACCGUGGCAGCGACCAGACUGUCGGGGGCAACACGGAUGGCUCGUACGAUGAGAGCGGAGAUGAGCAAAGACGACCGCUGUAUAGAGCUACAAGCGACCAAAAUCGGCACUAUCCCCCAGCGCCUACUCACCGACCACCGCUCCCUCAUGCCAACAUGUCGAGCAACAGCCUGCCCGGAGGCAUGAUCUAA